AACAUGGCGCAUUUUAAGACUAUAUUCCCUGGUCCUAUACCUGGUUGCCUGUGAGCAGAUGCCGACCCUCAUCUGGCCUCCUUUCAGUGGUGUCAAGGAUUAUGGGAUAUAUAUGAGCUGUAUGUGAAGAAUGGAGGGCAGCAGCUGGAGACAAAGUAUUUUCUUUUAUAGAUAAAAAUAAAUUCUAAAAUAAUUUUAAUACAUGGCAGAGGGCUUUUUCUCCCCUGACAUAUUAUGCUGCCAAGCAUUUGUAUAUGUUUAAAAAAAAAUACCUCAAUUUUAAAGGUUCUCUUACGUGAGCAAAUACAGUGCCACAGGAGAAUAUGGUUCCUGGAUUCUCUGUUCUGGAGCCGAAAAACUACUCUAGGACAAAAGUAAGUGUAAGUGGAGAUCAAAAAUGAGGGUAGUGAUUUAGGAAUUUAAUUAGAAUCUCACUUAGGGGUGUAUCUUCCUGUAUUGGCACUCUAACUUGAGAAGUUUGAAGUCAGUUUUAGUAAUACAGCUUUUUCAUUUGAAACAUAGAACCACAGGAAAAUUUGGGCUGGCAGGGACCUUGAAGAUCAUUGAAUUCCUACUGCCACCCCAUGGCGUGCCAUGGGCAGGGACGCUGCCCACAAGCUUAGGUUGCCCAGGGCCCCAUGCCAUCGGUUCUGACAUAACAUGACUGUUAAUGACUAGCUGUUCUACCAUUGUCAAAGGCAGAUUUUGUUUGACUGCAAAAUAGUGAUUAUAAUCCAGGGAAUCAGUUUAACUUUGCUGUUGUUCAUUAAAAAAAAACAACUCAUUGAGCACAGUGUUCAGACAAAGAGUGAAAGAAUUGGGCUGUAUUGUGUUAUUGUGUUUUAGAAAAGAUGUUUUCAUAUUGUUGCAAUAUGUUAAACAAAAGUAUUAACGUAUUAAAUAUUUACAUAUGUAUUAAACAUUUGCAACAGGAAUAUAUUUUUUAUGUCUUGGAAUUUGAGGUUGUGGCUCCUUUAAUGGUAACUAGUAGCUAGUCAGGAGACUGCAGAAGUUAUAUAGUCUGUGUGUUCAACAAGCAGGAGGUAUCAAAAAUGGAAGGCUUAUAGUCUUUUGCUCAUGAAUGUUUGUUUUGCUUAUGGAAAGAAAAUUAGUUAAUAUAAUGGAACAGCAAAGCUACAAACCUGUGUACAAUUAAUCAGUGACUUAUAAAAACUAUAGUGACAUGAUGACUUUGUCUCACAAUUCACCAAAAACGAAUGCAGCAAUAAUAAUUCAAGAAGAAGUGUUUGCAUUUUCUGGUUAUAUUUUAAACUGUCUUUGCCAUCUACUGCCCCAAAUUCAGACACAUUCUGUAAUCUACUUGUGUUCUAUGUGAUUCUCACAAAACCUAUAUUUGUAUAGUACACAUUUAGAUUAUGCUUUGUGACAUCAUUUUUUUGUCAUCUAAUUUAUGGGUGAUUCCUAGAUCAGUUACAAAAAAAAAAAAAGGCAAAAAAAAAAAGCGCUAAAUGCUCAUUGAAAUGUUCUGGAAUUAUCUGCUGAAAUUCUGUUACUGAAACUAAGUUGGGUUCUUCUGAGUAAUGAAACUAAUGAAUUUGAGUCAUCUGUGAAUUUAUGUUCCUUUGUUACAUUUUCUGGUGCAUGAGAUCUAAUUUAAACUUUUCCAGGGUUUGAAGUAUUGCUUGAAAAGUCUUGCUUGGACUGAGCAUACCACCAGUGACAAAUUAUAUUCUACUUAAACAUCAUCUUGUACCAAAGCCUCAAGUUCUUUCCCUCUAAUGUCUCAAAAUUCAUAAACAGCCUGCUUGAAAAUAUCUCAGUAGUUUAUUCCUUUUCCAGUGUAUCUGAAGAUAUGUGCUUCUCUUCUCUGCCAUGCUCAUAUAGGAGUCUCAAGUCUCUAUCCACCCCUGCCUCCAGGCCCAGUGUUUAAUAGAACAACCAUAAAUGUUACUGUCCACCUGUGUGAUAAAAGAGCUAACUUCUUUUAAGUACUUGUAAAAGCUUUUGCAAUUUUCUGUUUUCACUUAGUUUGUUCUAUUUUUUCUGAGGAAACAAUGUGUUUGGACUUUGCUCCAGUCCUUGCUCUUCUCUUGUCUUGAUUGUCCUAAUAAACUUGUCAAUUUAAUCAAAAUCUUACAUAUAAUUAAAUUCCUAGCCUUUUUUUCUCAAAUUGAUAACCAUAUAGAGAAUGUAUUAUAAAAUAUUAACUGAGUUAAACUUGUGUUUAACAUGUCCCAGCAGAUAUCAGACAAUUAGCAGUGGCAUGUCCCUAUGUCCUAGUCACAGAAAUAGUUCCAGUAGCAUCUUGGAUACUAGUGCCAGUGAAUAAGGAAACUGUACUUUGUCAUUCCUUUGUGCACAGGUUUGUGUCUCAUGUUUUCUUAUUAAAAUUCUUUCUGAGCUAAACAUCAUUUCCUUGCUUAGUAUCUCUCAAUGGUGAUCAUUUUUAUUUAUAUAUUGCAUUUCUCAGUCUUCAUUUCCUGUCAUUCCUGGAGUGAAGAUUCUUUCUGCCUCUGGAGAUUUAGAGUCUCUCCUUUUCUCCCAACAAGCAAGGGUUUGGUUUCCCUGUCCCAAGGUCUUCUUGUCUUUGCAGUAUUCCUUCUCCCUACUGCCUUGUAGGUAUCCUUCUGCCCUGAUAUUUGCCAUAUAGGAGUGUUAUUCUUAACAUUUCUUUGUCUCUCUUUGCCCUCACCAAGGUUUUUUUGUUUUCCUUCUGCCCUACCAUUAACUGACACCAGAUAAUCCUCCUCCUCAAUUCUGAUACUCCUCAGGAAGCUCUCUGUUUAAACCCACCACUAGCAAAGUGGGAGGAUGGCAAGAACUGCCAGGAUAUCAGACUGGAAAGUUUCAUGCCUUUCCAGGUAGGGGCAGCAGGGAAGAAGCAGCCUCAUGGCCUCUCUGGCUGGCUGGCUGCAAAUCAGCGGGGCCUGAGGUGGAGCACUCAGAAGUUUCAUGAGGUCUCUUGUGCUGGCUGCAGUGACACAUCAAAGGGGUGUUGAGCAGCUCUUGUCUUAUCUGUUCUUUCUCUCUUUUCCUCUCUUCUACCUCUCUUACUUCAUCCUACUUGGCCUUCUCUUGCUUCUUUUCUUCUAGACUUGUGUAAACGUGUUCCUCAACAGUUUUCUUCUUGUGUAACACUUUACUGAAGCAUUCUCUUAAAAAAAUCCCAUUAUCUUAAUAGCUUGCCUUUUUUAUGUGUGUAUUUUUCUGCCUUUUCUGUUCUUCAUUUAUUUUACAUGUCCAAGCCUGAUCUCUUUGAAACAGUGUGAACAUAAAAAAAAAUAUAAAUAAAAAAGACGUGUGAUACCGUUUUCUAUAGGCACCUUUCCAGUGCACUUAGUGUAACCGAAGGGAACAGAGACAGUCUCCUUGGGUGAGGCAAGCAAAUUGAAUCCUGGACACAGCUCCUGGGCUUAGCUGUGCUUGUGGGUCCAUUGACUCCCAUUCUGCUUUCAUCACAGCAGCAAAAACUCAGCAAAGGUUUUCUUCAUCACUUCUGGGGCCAUCUUGGUAAAUUUAAAGAGGAUUGCCAAAAUAACAGAGCUUAUGAAAGGUGCCAACACUCUCUUGUCAGAUGACCUCUGCAGCCCUUUGACACUUAGAAGGCAGCAUGGUUUAAUCUUCAGGCAAUCUCUCCUACAGCAGAUUCCCGGCGGUUCCUGUGCUACUGACUCCUGGCUGGCUCAGCGUCCCCAGCGGGGAAUUUGUAGCACCCAGCCGCUGGCGUCUUCUCCUGGCGGAAGCUCAACCAUUUGAAGAGAAGGGGAGGGAAAAAAAAUCCCAAUCAGGAUGUUUGCACAUGCUGUUCUCUGCUUGCUCGUCUGGAUGUUUUGCUGAGGGACUGGGACAUCUGCAGAGAAGGGGGAGCGGCGGCGGCUGGAGCGUGCCCUGUUCGGGGCUGAAGUUCCUCCAGCGCCGGGGGCUGUGAGUGCGCGCAGCCGCGGGGGCGAGCAGCGGGGCCGGGAUCGCGCUACCCGGAGCGUACGCAGACAGACGUGAUUAAAAUUCAAGCCUAAUGGCCUCUGGCAUAAACAACAUUCAUCAGCCCGGGACUUGCAAUGGAUCUAAAGCCGCUCGCAGCAGCUCGGCAGAGGAAUGCAGUCGGGAGAUGCACAUGAAAAUGUGCAAGAAGAUUGCCCAGCUCACUAAGGUGAUAUAUGCCUUGAACACUAAGAAUGAUGAACAUGAGGACAGUAUACAGGCUCUGAGAGAGGCUCAUGAGAAAGAAAUUCAGAAUAUUCUUGCUGAGACAAGAGAAACAAUUCUUCAGUGUAAAAGCAAAGUUGAAGAAGAACAAUUACUGAGAAAGCAUAUUCAGGCCCUUGAAAUUGCUGUAGCACAACACAAGAGAUUGAAGGAAGAAGCCUUAGCAGAGUUAGUAUUGUGUAAAAAGCAAGCAGAAGAGAAGGAGUCAAGAACAGAAGUGAAACAAGCACAGGUAGGCCUUUCUACAGACAUAGUACAUACCAAUGCAGACUUUGAAAACAAACUUCUACAUUUAAAUCAGGAGUUUGAUGGACUGCUAAAAAAUCUAGAUAAAGAAGUAAAUUUAGAUGAAAAAUGUAGUGUGGAAAGACACACUGUAAUAAAUGAGAUGGAAAACCUGAAGAGCAAGAACCAGAAAACAACUGAAGAGUAUAUUCAGAAAACAAGAAAACUGCAAGCCCCUUGUGAGAUGGGAAAAGAGACUUUGAAAAAAGCCAUGCAGCAAUCUGUGAUAGAAACAAACUGUCCACAAAGAGAAACAGAGCAAAAUAAGAGCUCAGAGUCUGAAAAAGGUUUAUUGCUGCAGCAGGUAAAGAAGCUGGAAGCAGACCUAGAGGAGAAAAGUCAGAAGAUAAAUGAGAGGAAGAAGCAUUCCCAGAAGCUGAAGGAGCAAAUACAGGAGCUCCAGACACAACUAGAUGAAUUUAAAAGAAAAUCUGAGUGUGAACUAAAGGAACUAGAGAAAGAGAAAGAAGUUCUAACUGGGAAACUUCAAAACUCUUCACUUGAGGUGGCUCAGCUGAAGCAAAUAUUAGAACAACAAGCAAAUCAUUUCAAGGAGUCACUGAAGAAACAUAAUCUACAGUCCAACAAAGAAAAAGAGAAGCUUUUGCAGGAUCUUCACAACACCAUCAAAGAAAACCAAAAUGUUAAACUGCAGUUGGAGGCAUCACAUCAAAAAGUCUUAAAAAUGUUGGAGAAAAGCAAGAAUCAGGAACUCAAGGAGGCAGAAGAACGUUUGAAAAAGGAAUUUAAUGAGACUUUCAAGAUUCAACACCAGUCUCAUAGGCUGGAAAUACAAACCUUGGAAGAGAAAGCAAAGAAAGAAUUACAUGAUGAACUUGAGCAGAUACAGAAGCAACAAUCCCUGUUGCUAGGAUCUCUAAGGAUGGAACUCUCUGAGCAACAGACAUCAUGCACUAACCUAAAGAAACAAAUAGAAGAACUACAAAUGGAGCUGAGGAGUGUGAAGACACUGAAGAAACAACAGGAAGGAAGUAGCCAAAGCCAGAUCAGAUCUCUUCAUGAUGAACUGGAAAAAUGUCAGAAUGAAAUUUCUGAACUCAAGAAAGAGAAUUUACUUUUGAAGGACACAAUGGAGCUACUCAGUGCUGAAUUGGAGUCACAGAAGCAAGAAGCUGCACAGCUUCAGGAUAGAGAUAAACAGCAUAGAAGACUUAAAGAAUUAGAAGAAAAGUCAAGAAAGUGGGAGUCCAGACCUGAAGAUACACACCUUAUAAACUGUCUGCAAGACAAAUUAAGUGAGAGAGAAGAGAUUAUCAAGCAGCUGGUGGAAGGAAGAAAAUGUCAGCAUUCACUUUCAGCCAACACUGAAUCUUACAGGAAUCGGUCAUUUUCUUUCAACCCUAAUACAGUAUGCCUGACUCCCUCCAUGAAGCAGAAGAAGAAAACGGUUGAGGUGCCCAGUCGUGUUGUCAGUGUUCCAAAUUUAGCUUCCUACGCAAAGAGCUUUUUGAGCUGUGAUUUAAGAUCAAAAAGAAGUGCUCCACAAAUAACAAAAUCUACAAGCUUAGACCGGAGUCCUGGCUGCCUCAGGGUGGGCUCUCCAUCAACACAGUCCUCAGACAGCAGUGCUGCCACAAGGACACAUGGCAAUGAACCACCACAAACCAAAGAUGACCAAAAACAAGACCCUCAGCAUCAAGAAUGGUUUACUAAGUAUUUUUCAUUUUAAGAAAAACUAUUUCUAUGCUUCUCAGAAUUACUAUAGAAGUCAUUCCUGUUUUCCUUUUAGGAAUGAUAAUCCAAUAGAUGAUUUAAGGCAAGAAAAAAAAUAUGUAAUUUCUAAGUAAAGUCAGAAAAUACUUGCACUCUCUUAUAUCUAGUAACUAUGGAGUUACAUGCAUGAAUUUCAGGAAAAUGCAUUUUUUUUUAACAGCUUCUGUAAAAGCUGUAAAAGAAAAAGUUUGGAUACAGUUAUGCAAAAAGACUUUAUAAUCAUGAGAAUGUACCACUCCACAAUUUCAUUAAAUAUGGAAUUUGGAUUUUGAUACCUUCUGUCAAUUUGACACCAGCUGAAAAAAGAUCUUCCUUCUGUACAUUUAUACACUUGCUUCAUCAGCUGUUUAAAGUAAAUUCUUCAUAUAAUAAUGUAAUUUAAAAAGUUUUUAAUGCUUUUUGUUAAAUUAACUUUAAACUGUGCAGCAUGUGGUACACCUUCAAAAAUAGCAUGUUUAUAGCAGGCUGGUUUAGAAAUAAUUUCUGGUUUGCUUCAUAAACUGUUUUGUAUAGUCAGCAUUAAUAUGUAAUAUUCCCAUUGAAUUUCAAUAUAUGUAUCAGCCUGAUAAACUAGGAUGAUGUGUAAGUAUGAACAUUAAAGCUUGUGAAUUAUCCAAUUUCUAUGUUUUUUGAAAGAGUUCUAUGUUACACUGAAGUAAGUCAGACUUGUACACUGAGCUCCACAGUGAUGGCAACUACAUCCUUGUACCUUUUAACUCCAUAAUAGUUUUAUGCCCACAUAAAAGCAAAGUGGGGGGAUGACUACAUUUAUCAGAUGAUGCUAAUUCAUUGCUGGCAGGAAAGAAUCCAUGAAGUUGUCUCUUGGGCAAUUAACCCAGUGUGAAAGGCAGGGAAGAGUGCAACCAGCAGCCUGCUGUUUAAGACAGGAUAGUUCCUCUUCAAUUGCUUUGAAUCCCCAUUCGGUUUCAACCAUCAGGGCCCAGCUACCUAAAAAAAUUUUACAUCUGCAACGAGGUGUACCUCCAGCCUAACCUCUUCCAGCAAGAGCUACACCAACAGAUGCAAACACUCCAUAAAAAACAGUCACUGCGUCUCACUGGUGGUGCAAAGGUGGAAGGAAGGGCAGAACACUUCUCCAUGCCAAUACUUUUUAUCCCAGUUAUCUAGUAUUUUUUCCAAGAGGAACUGUUUGGUUGGAAAAGUGACUGGUAGUAGAUUUGGUAAGAAGGCUUUUUUCAUACUUGUAAUCACAAAAGAGAUUAACUAGUGCACAGUAACACUGAUGGGUGCCUUGGUAUCUCUGAGGAUGGAAAUGUACAACACUGUUUUCAUUACUUUUCAUCCAUGCUGCCCCAGGAACACUAGAAAUUUCAAUACACAAUUAGCAAUUCGUAUUUCCAGGGUUACAAUUAAUUAUUCAACUUGGCCCCCCAAAAGUUAUUGUAGAAAAGUGGUUAUAUGGAUGAAUUAAAUUUGUUGCUUAGUAAUACACAGACAGGACUCUUGCUAUUUCUACCUCCAGAAUCUUUUUUGGCUGCAUUUAACUUAAUAAAUGGGGUGAUGUAAUAAAUAGAGCACUGUAAUAAAAGGUAAUUCUGUAUACUGGA